AUGCCGGCAGCAUCGUCUGCCAUUCCAAUACCAAAUAAUGGACGAGAAGGAGGGGAUGAUGCUGGUAGCGUAUCAUCAAUAACACGUUCAUGGGCAAAUUCAGUUUCUCGUAGUCAACAAUUUGCCGCAAAUUUUGGAUCACAGCCAAAAGCUGCUGGUAGUGCAUUUCCAAUAAGUCAAAAUGAAAUUCCGGAAACACCAAGAUUUGAUCUGCCAACUCUGGACGAACGAACUCCGUUGAUUGACAAUCAUCGUCCUUUACAACCAUCGACAGCGUCGUCGCUACAGCCACAACAGUUUGAGCAGGAUUUGUAUCAUGGAAAAUCGAAUAUGGCACAGACUGUUUUUAAUUCAGUGAAUAUGUUAAUGGGCAUAGCCAUUUUAUCUUUACCACUUGCUUUCAAAUAUUGUGGAUGGAUACUUGGCAUCUCAAUUUUCGUUUUCUGUUUGAUCCUGACAAAUUACACGGCUAAAACUCUCGCCAAAUGUAUGAACUUGGAUCCGUCAUCGAGAUUUUAUGUUGAUGUUGCAGAAUUUGCGUUUGGCAAGAAAGCUAGAGGGGUUGUUGCCAUUUUUUUCUUAUUGGAUUUAUUGACCGCCACGCAAACACUGUAUCCAAACGUAGACUUGACCAUGCUCAAAAUAAUCUCGUUUGUCCUAAUCACUCCAGCAACUUGGAUGCCCGUGCACAUGCUAUCCUACACUUCGCUUCUUGGAAUCAUAUCGGCAUCAUCGCUUGUGAGUGUUGUCAUCUAUGAUGGGUUAUCGAAGCCGACUGCACCCGGCAGUUUGAUAGAACCGAUGGAGACGACAUUGUUCCCGACUACUUGGAUGGCUGUGCCUUUGACAUUUGGUUUAAUAAAUGCUGGAUUCACUGGGCAUGCUGUUUUGCCAUCGAUAUAUCGUGACAUGAAGAAACCGCAAAGUGUUGAAGCGUCAGUGAAUAUAAGUUAUUUGAUUGUUGGUGUUAUUUACCUAACGCUUGCUAUUGGUGGUUAUCUAAUGUUCGGAAAUCAAACAAUGGAAGAGAUUACGCAGAAUAUCAUGAGCACACCUGGAUACAACGUCUUGGUAAAUUCUUUCGUCGUCUGGCUUAUAGUCAUAAAUCCAUUCAGCAAAUACCCACUAGGCUUACAACCGAUAAAUGAAGCAUUAGAAAUAUCAGUCUCUAGAGUAUCAUAUAUGCAUUACUUUUUCAGCCCUCAAAAAAGAAGAUAUAUCUCUAGGAUGGUAUUGCGAACACUUUUAAGCGGUUUUAUAGUGACUACAGCGAUUGUUUUUCCGGAUUUUGAUCGAGCUUUGUCUCUACUUGGUUCGUGCUUUUCCUUCAUGAUCUCGGGCAUAUUCCCGUUAAUGGCACAUAUGAAGUUAUUUGGUUGGCAAAUGUCUAGAAACGAAUUCAUUUGGAACGUGUUUCUUCUCGUCAUAUCUUCUAUAAUGGCCUUAUUGGGCACUAUUUGGACAUUCUUCCCAUCAGAAUGGUUUGGCGAAAAUUCAAUAAUUAAUUCGAAAUAUUAA